AUGGAAGAAAAGCAGAAUUCCACAGCAGCAUUUGGACCCCAGAGUCCCAGGGGCACACAGCAGCAUGAGAACUCCUUCCCCUCCCAUUCCUGGUCCUUGGAGAUGUUGAUAAACAGAUUGAAGGCCCUAGAUGGCAGGAGAGAUGACAAGCUGGCCAGUGUCAUGGACACCUUGGGGGAGUUUGGCACGUUCCAGUGGAGGCUGGUGGCCCUCACCUUCAUUCCCAGCAUGCUGUCCUCCUUCUUCAUGCUUUCUGACCACUUCAUGCUCACGGCCCAGAGGCCCUACUGUAACACCAGCUGGAUCCUGGCAGUGGGCCCCAACCUCUCAGUGGCUGAGCAGCUGAACCUGACCCUGCCCCGGGCACCCAAUGGCAGUUUCCUAACAUGCCUCAUGUAUAUACCUGUGUCAUGGGAUCUAGAUUCUAUCAUCCACUUUGGCCUCAACUAUACAGAAACAUGCAAAUAUGGGUGGAUCUAUCCUUACGCUGACAAGCGCUCUCUGGUCAAUGAGUUUGACCUGGUGUGUGGGAAUGAAGCGAGGAAGGAAAGCAUACAGACCGUGUUCCUGGCAGGAAUUCUGACAGGCUCUCUUCUCUUCGGGUUCUUAAGUGACAAGAUGGGCCGCUAUCCAACCAUCCUGAUGUCACUGCUGGGGCUCCUCAUCUUUGGCUUCGGGACAGCCUUUGUGAGCAGCUUUUACCAGUAUCUGUUCUUCCGCUUCGUUGUGGCCCUGGCGGCUGUGGGCUAUGCCAUCAGCAGUGUGUCCUUAGGGGUCCUUUUCCUGUCUGUGUCUGCCUACAAAAUCUCCCACUGGAGGCUGCUGUUCCUGUUGGGCGGCAUGCCCAUGCUUCCCCUCGUCUCCAGUAUCUGGGUUCUCCGAGAGUCCCCACGAUGGUUGAUGGUGAAGGGGAAAGUGGAGGAGGCCAUGAAGGUGCUGUGCUAUGCGGCUGAGGUGAACAAGAUGACCAUUCCUUUAAAUCUUCUAAAUGAGCUGCAGCUGCACAGAAAGAAGGUGACUAAGGGCUCCAUCAUUGACUUCUACACCAACCAGCAUCUCUUCAAGGUGGUCUUGUCCGUGGCCUGUGUGUGGUUUACCGUCACUUACAUCUAUUUUACGCUGAGCCUCAAGAUGAAGGAUUUUGGGGUAGACACCUACUUCAGACAAGUGAUCCCAGGCAUUCUGGAGGUGCCAGCCCGGCUGUGCUGUAUAGUUCUCCUGGAGCACUUGGGCAGGAAAUGUAGCCUGUUCCUGAGUCUCAUCCUAGCUGCCAUCAUGUGUUUGUUUCUCCUUUUCCUCCCUCAAGAGCUGAAGUCGACGAUAGUCUUGGUGCUUGUACUUGGAGAGUUUAGCCUGGCUGCCACUGUCACUAUAUUCCUGGUCUACACUGCUGAGCUCCUCCCCACUGUCCUCAGGUCUACAGGUCUGGGAAUGGUGUCUCUAGCCUGCACUGGUGGAGCCAUCAUGGCUCUGACCAUCUUCAACCAGAUCAAAACGCAGCUGCCCAUCUUCUUCUGCUGUCUCUCUUGCGUCGUGGCCUUGUGCUUCUCCUCUUUGGUGCCAGAAACAAGAAACAAGCCUCUCCGUGAUGGCAUAGAGUACCAUAUAAGAGAUUCUACUGACUUAAAGAGGAGGAGCCAGGAUAUUGCUGCAAUGAUCAUAGCUGGGAAGUCAAUGUCUGAUGUCGUGAUUGAUGAAGUGACAAAGAAUACCAUUCUCAAUGCCAUGCCUCUACAAUCAGAAGUAGACAUGUUCUUCAACACGGCCUUGGAGAAGCCCAGCACCAGUAAGCACCCAGCCCAGCUCCCUGAGGACCAGUUUCCCCAGAACAUUGUGGAUUGGAGUUUACUGGCUGGGUCAGCUCUGAUGGCUGAACUGCAAGAAGACAGUUCAGCCCUGGAGUGCGAAGUAUCCUGGACACCUAGAGCUGCUCAGAACAAUAGCUCUGACCUGAAGGUGUAUGGGACACCUGGAGCUGUUUAG